AUGGACCGUUUUACGUCAUGCYGUGGAAUUCCGGCCAACAUUUACACAGAUUGUGGCACGAAUUAUGUGGGUGCCRCGAAAAAGAUUAAGACCUUGCUUCAAACGGAUAAUCCACGUCAGGCCGUCUCUUCUCGGGUUCAAUGUGAAUGGCACUUUAACCCUCCGGCUGCGCCCCAUUUUAGUGGGCUAUGGGAGGCCGCAAUCAAGAGCACUAAGACACAUCUUAAGAAGGUCGUGGGAGCCCAAGUCUAUACACUUGAGGAGAUGUCAACACUGGUGAUAAGAAUCGAAGGUGUUUUAAAUUCCCGGCCAUUACAACCUCUGUCGAGUGACCCAAACGAUUUUGACGCCCUCACUCCGGGACAUUUUUUAAUUGGGCAGCCACUCUUAGCCGUACCCGAAGAAAAUGUCAUCGAUGUACCAAUUAACCGGUUAAGACGCUGGCAACUGAUUCAUCAAGCGCUACAGUCGUUUUGGCGUCGUUGGAACCACGAAUAUUUACAGACUAUGCAAGGAUGCAAGAAGUAG